AUGGGAGAAAAGGACGUGGAAAUGAAGACCCCCGGCUCCAUCUCCGAACAACAUCCGGGCCACGAUGUGGCUUCGGGUGAAGUGUGGUGCCUCCAGCUCGACAAGCCUUUCAGUCUCUGGAGCACAUUGGGGAUAUCUUUCUCCGUCACGUCCACGCCCUUGGCCGUCGGCACCUACCUCUCCGUUGUUAUCGGUGUAGGAGGCAGCCCUGUAUUUUUCUAUGGGUACAUUCUUGCAGUAUGUCUAGAUAUGUGCAUCUGUGCCUCCCUGGCAGAAAUGGCAGCGCAAUAUCCGCACUCUUCAGGGCAAAUUUAUUGGACCGCAAAGUUGGCUCCUCGUGGGCACGGGCGUGGCCUCAGUUACUUGGUCGGUUGGCUCACAGCGGCGGGCUACUUCUUCUGGACUUCUGCCGCACUCCUUAUCUCAUCGCAAUUGAUCUGGGCCCUCGUACAAAUAUGCCACCCCACCUUUAUCACGUUGCCGUGGCACUUUUACGUCGGGUACUUCGCUGUCGGCGUCUUUACCCUGUUCCCUAAUAUCCCCUUCUUCAAAUGGUACCCUCAAUUUCUCAAGGGGCUGGUGAUCUAUAUCAAUGCUGGUGCUCUUUUCGUCCUUAUUGUCCUCCUGGUCCGUGCGAAGCCCAAGCAAAGCUCCGAUUAUGUUUUCAAAGCGUUUGUCAAUCAGACCGGUUGGCCGUCCAACGGCGUCGUCUUCUUCCUCGGUCUCCUUCCUGGACUCACGGCGGUCAACGGCUUUGACAGCGCGGCACACAUGGCCGAAGAACUCCCAAGGCCAGAACGUCAGGUUCCGCAGGUUAUGUUCAUCAGUGCCCUGGCGAGCGCUGCUAGUGGACUACCGAUGAUUCUGGUAUAUAUGUUCUGCAUCACAAAACCAGACAAUCUGCUCAAUCCUGUCGGCGGCCAACCGGUAAUCCAAUUAAUGGUCGACUCUCUCGAAUCCUUCCCUUUGACUGUAGUCGGUUCUUUGGUCUUCAUCACAUGCUUCCUCUGCGCUAGCGUCACAAUGAUGACGACCUUUAGCCGUAUCUGGUGGUCGCUCGCCCGCGACGGCGGCGUCCCUUUCUCUCCCUUCAUGGCCCGAAUCAGCGGUCGCUGGAAGGUACCGGUUAAUAGUGUCUGUUUUUCGGCUUUCGCCUGCAUCCUCAUCGGGCUGCUGAAGCUCGGCUCCGCGACCGCCCUUAACGCAAUCCUAGGGACCGCAGUCCUCUGCAUUUUCGCUUCGUACGCUAUUCCUAUUCUUUGUUCCCUGAUCGGGAAACGCAGUGGUUUCUCUACCGCUCAUUAUUUUAAUCUGGGUCAUGUGUUCGGUACGGUUUUGAACGUUAUCUCGGUGUUUUGGAUAUGUUUCGUUUUUGUCUGGCUUUGCUUUCCGCCAUACAUACCGGUCACUACGGAUACGAUGAAUUGGGCUAUAGUGGUUUUUUCGGUGGUAUGCGCUAUCAGUGGGAUGAAUUGGCUGGCAUACUCGAGAAUUGCUUUUGAAGAACCCAAGGCUAUUUCACAGUGA